GCUGAUGCUGCCUCCAUUUCAAACCUUUUAAAAAUACAGCUCAGAUGUUCACUGUGGAGUUUUAAACGUAAUCCCUACUAGAGAUGAAUGGAAACUCUUUGUAGGAUCCACCAAAUAAAAAAGUCUGUCUAUUAGCAUUUUAACAACGAUGUCUGCAGUUGACAGUCAAAAUGUCGGUGCUGACAAGCUUGUUGAGAGUUUAAACAUGAGCUGUGUGUGAGUGGGCUCCCGGUGACUUGCUGAUGAUGUUCCUCAAAGAGUGAAACCACAGUUAGUCAUUCACUUACUCAACAUUGUAUCUCCUGGAAAGCAAAUCGCUGCACAUACCUCUUUUAAAGCAUGAAUUAGCAGCUGACUAGUUUGCCCCGCUUUGUCUGGUUGUGAUUGUGCAGCUACACGUUAAAGUGACACCCGGCUCACCCUGGAGCACUGUCUCCACUUGUGGUGUGAAAAUAGCAAUAAACCUGCCCUAUUAGUGAUUUUUCCUCUCAGAAUAAAAAGUACAUCCUUGUUAAAAUAAUAACAUCAAACAAGCUACUUUUAAAUGUUUUGUUCAAAGAGGCACAAAGCAGAAGAUGAAAACACAGCAGAUGCACUAAGCCAGUGGGAUGAUGGCAAAGGAGUUCCCUGGAUGUUAGCUGACUGAAACGCUGUUGUAAUAUCCAACAGCGUUCCUUGUUGUAGGGUUUAUUACUGCUGCCGACAGCAGUGCACAUACUGGGGCUUUUGUUUAAUGGUUGAUUUUACAUGUGUACUGCCACAUAUGGCUUCUUAGUUUGCAUACUUAUUAUUCUCAUUGUGUUGGUGUGUGUUUGAUUACCCUCCAUAUAACCGAGCUUUGUUAGUUUUUUAAAAGAAACAUUCUCAGUUCUGUUUAUUUGCCAAUGUAACAGUCACAGAAAUGUAAAAGGCUUGUCAAAGUCACUAAGUCAAAUAUUAAAUGUAAUGCACCAAGCAAACACAUGCACACGGUAUAGAAGGAAAAUAAAGGGGUUGGUACAGACAGUCUUUGCCUACAGUGUCACCUACAGUUUAAAAUGAAUGUUGUUUACAUCCCUUCUGUCCACAUGUUGUAAUCUGCUCAUCAUGGUUUCUCUGUGUUUUCAGAAAUAGUCUCGAUGCCUUUUAUUGGUACAUCUGUGGUGUUAUGCAGCUUUAGUUUAGUCUUGUGGCUGCAACUGUAGCGCGGCAAACAGCGAGCGAGGAGGAAAUGCUGCACUGUGUUGUCCACAGACUGGUUGGUUGGCCUUUGCACAGAUUAGACGUACAACCACUUAGCAUUUCUAGCUUCCAGUCCAACACACUGAACCUGUGGCCUUCCAGGGUUUCCCUCUAACGUAAUGUCAGAAAAGACAUGUUACAAGUUGCACAUUAAUUAGGAAUGGGCACAGAAUAUUUUAACUUGACACACAGUUAUCCAGCGCUUUUUCAACGUGUUCGGCAAACUCAAAGCACUUUACGCUAUAUUUGCCCAUUCACACUCACACCCGAUGGUAUCGAGCCUCCAUAUUAGCACUGUACCAAAGCUCUCACACCGGUGGGACAGCCACCGGGAGCAACUUGGGCUUCAGUGGACACUUCAACACAUGGACUGGAGAAGCCGGGGAUCGAACCACGAGACGACCCUCCCUAAACCCCGACAUGCUGACGAGGAAGAUAAAGCUGUGUCACAUCAACGCCCACAUCACAUGUCGCCUGUGUGAGGGCUACCUGAUUGACGCCACCACCGUCACCGAGUGCUUACACACCUUCUGUAGAAGCUGCCUAGUGAAGUAUCUGGAGGAAAACAACACGUGCCCCACGUGUAGGAUUGUUAUUCAUCAGAGCCAUCCACUGCAGUACAUCGGCCAUGACAGAACAAUGCAAGACAUUGUCUACAAGUUGGUACCAGGUCUUCAAGAAGCGGAGAUAAAGAAGCAGAGGGAGUUCUAUCAGAAGCUGGGAAUGGAGGUGCCUGGAGACAUUAAAGGAGAGCUUUGCAACAUGAAGACUCAUCUAGAUCAGCGCAAUGGUGACGCAAAACCAGACGACAUGGCCAAUAAGGAGGCGGGAGAGGAGAAACCAGAAGAGGGUAACGACUAUCACCGCAGCGACGAGCAGGUCAGCAUCUGCUUGGAGUGCAACAGCAGCAAGCUUCGGGGUCUGAAACGGAAGUGGAUUCGCUGUUCAGCACAGGCCACAGUCCUCCACCUCAAGAAGUUCAUCGCCAAAAAGCUGAACCUAACAUCAUUUAAUGAGCUGGACAUUUUAUGCAACGAGGAAAUCUUGGGAAAGGACCACACUUUGAAAUUUGUUGUCGUGACAAGAUGGAGAUUUAAGAAAUCCCCCCUCCUGCUUCAUUACAGACCCAAGAUGGAUCUGCUGUAGCUAAAGUGGAGACAAAGGUGUUUUGUUUUGUUUUUUUGAUUUGUUUUUUUGGCCGGUGGCUGCAGACUGUGCUGAUGCAAAGACGAUCAACCAACACCAAGCAAACACCUGAUUGUUGAAGUCCACACAAGCCAGCAAAUCGGGAUCUUAAUGGGGGGAGUAAUACAACAUAAAACUGGCAACUCAGGCACAGAUGCUGCACCACUGGUGUGUUUUUAGAAAGUAAAACAACCAUUUUUGUCGGCUACAUCCUCUAUGUGAAAAACAAAAAAGAAAAAGGAAAAAAAAAUGGAGAGAAAGCAUAUAUUUAUACUUUUGUACAGAAGAGACACAUGGAACCAAGACACUACUGGUGCUCUGUUUACACAUACACACACACACACACACACACACACAUGUGCGAUGUCCGGAAUCACAUGACCAUGAUUUUGAACUUCAUGCAGAUUUCAUCCUCCUGAAACAGUGACUGAAGGGAGAGGAGGGUUGUUUUUGUUUUUUUUUGUACCGGGUGUUCUCCCCCAGCAGUACACUUGACUUGGAGCACAGAAAGAAUAUGGAGAGGUUAUAUGACAGGCAUCAACUUUAAGCUGUUUAUCAAGUAAAUUGUCUCUGGAUUUUUUUUUUAUUUCAUUUUGUGGGUUUUGUCUAAUUUGCUUUUGGGUUCUUGAUGAUUGUCGAUUGUGAAUAGGCAAACAUUUUUUGUGUAGUAAUUUAUGUUCUAUAUACUGAUAUUGUACAUAAAAUGUCAUGUUACAGAGAGAUUGAAGAGAAUAAGAGACUUUAGACUGUUAAAAAACAGAGUGGAUCCCAGAAGUGCUAUCUAUAUGUGGGGUGAUAAGUGUCCACAGGUGGGAAAUUAGCAUUUUUAAAGACAGACUCACCAUUGGUAUUGAGAUAUAUAAAUCUUUAUGUUGUCUGAGAAAGACGCAAAACAAAUAUAUCAACUCCUAUGUCAUUUGUGUCUGUGUGGGGUCUAAAUAUGUUAAAGUGCUCUCAGAGCAUUACAGGACUUGAGGGUAGAUGAGGAGAAAGCUCCUCAUCUCACCUGUCUUCUAUAGAGUACAGCUUUAUCAACAAAUUCUAUCUUUUAAAACAGAAAUGCCUGCCAGACAUAAAAAUGCAAUAUUUGGGCAAAGAACUUGUUCAUUUAUAUUUAUUUAAAUCUCCAUGUUUUCACACCACGUAGUCCGUGAUAUCCGUCCUUGAGUUUCUGCACCAGGCAGACAAACACUGAUGCACCCACAUGUUUACAGCUUCUAGUUGAAGCUGCUAGCAGCAGAUGUUGUUGGCACCCUGCACCCUUGAUACCAUGCAUUUCCCUCCGCUACGUUUGUUGAGAUUUAACUGCAAAACAGAAAUAAGUUUUGUAAAUACACACUGGUCUCACUCAUCUCAGCAGCCUUGACAACAGAGAAGAGGAUCUAAUCCUUUUUGCCCAAAUUAAAUUAUGGUGAGGUGUGUGGACAUUUUCCUGCCCACGGGAAUUAACAUUUGUUUGGUCAAGUACAAGCUUUCUCUUGGACGUCAUUGGUAUGAGGCACCACAGGCGGCUGGUGUGAUAAACACAAGUGCAAAUUACUGAUAUCAUGUUGUGUUGUGCUGAGGUAUAUUCAGUUACUUGUCACUGCCAGUUCAAGCUGCAAAUGUGCAAAGUUGCACAAGGUUUAAGAAAAUCAAUUUAAGAACAUUUCUGAAAGUAAAAUGGAUUUAGUUUCUGUCGCAAGUUCAGUAUAACAGAUUUUUUUUUUGUGGAUUAGCCAGUGUUCAAUAUUGUUAACAAGACACUUGAGUCUUUUUUUAAAAUAACUCACAAGUUCAGGUUUCUCACAGGGACUGAGGUUUUUUGAACAUUUUGAUAAUGAAAUUCUGAAUAAAAUGACUACUGUCGGUCA